AUGGUGAGAGAGCCGGGCCCCGGGCCAGGGACCCGCUGUUCUGCCUCUGGGCUGUGGACUGCCACUCUCCGCCCCUACCUGAGUGCCGUGCGGGCCACACUGCAGGCUGCCCUCUGCCUGGAGAACUUCUCCUCCCAGGUUGUGGAACGACACAACAAGCCAGAAGUGGAAGUCAGGAGUAGCAAAGAACUCCUGUUACAACCUGUGACCAUCAGCAGGAAUGAAAAGGAAAAGGUUCUGAUUGAGGGCUCCAUCAACUCCGUCCGGGUCAGCAUCGCUGUGAAACAGGCUGAUGAGAUUGAGAAGAUUUUAUGUCACAAGUUCAUGCGCUUCAUGAUGAUGCGAGCAGAGAACUUUUUUAUCCUUCGAAGGAAACCUGUGGAGGGGUAUGACAUCAGUUUCCUGAUCACAAACUUCCACACAGAGCAGAUGUACAAACACAAAUUGGUGGACUUUGUGAUCCACUUCAUGGAGGAGAUUGAUAAGGAGAUCAGUGAGAUGAAGCUGUCGGUCAAUGCCCGUGCUCGCAUUGUGGCUGAGGAGUUCCUCAAGAAUUUUUAAACCACCUGGCUGGAUCUCGUGGCCUUCCCCCUCAGACUCCCCCGUGUCUCUACGAAGGCGUCCUGGAGUCACUCCCCAGAGCAGCAGCGGCGGCAGUGGGGAGCUGGGUCAGGGUGGGCAUCAGAUGCGGGAGGUGGGUGGUAUGCUUGCUAGCUGGGCAAGAAAGCAGCAGUGGACCUGCCCCAAGGCCACAUGUGCCUGGUCAGGCUGGCUUCUGAUGUUUAGUCCCCUGGGCCGGGACAGAUUUUUUUUUUAAUGUCUUGAAACUUAAACUCUGUGCUUGUAGGAGACUGUAACCUUUUUGUCUUUUUUUAAAAAAAACAAACAACCUCCACCUCCAGUGGCUGUGACUGGUCCCAGUGAUUGUACCUUAUUGGUCGCUGUGGGUCUGGGCGGGCCUGGAGCCAGAAGGCGACUACUUUUCCUCUCCCAUGCCAUCCCAGGUGGAGAGGGAGGGAGGUUUCAGACUCCAGUUCCUCUCCCUUGCCCUUUUAUUCCCAAGCCUUCUUGGGGCCAGCAUAAGUGGUGAAAAUACUCUGCCAGUUCCUGAGCUCUGCCUGAAGAUGGCCACCUAGCACUGGCUGGGGACAAGGGCUGAGUCAGUGACCACCUAUCAUGCUUAGGAACUGGGGCCCAAAAGCCAGGCAGCCUCUGGCUGCAAGGGCCAUUUGGUGUCCACUCUGCAGAGAGGGGCCACUGUUUCGCCUUGUCUAUCAGUGCAGUGCCUGCGCUAGAGGUGGAGAGGUGAGUCCUCCUCCAGAGCGUCCCGGCCAGGUUCUCCUCCUGCCUGCUCUGGCUCCUCUGCUCCCAUGCUCGCUGUCCCUUUUCUGAUUCUGGUGGGUCCUCCCUCCCUUGAUUAAAGUCUCUUCUUGCCCCUUUGGGGCUGCAUGAGGUC